AUGAACGGCAAGCUCGUGGCUGUCCUGGCUCUGCUCCUGCUCUCAGCGGCCGUGUCUCACGGCAGGGCCCUGGCGAGGAUGGGAACGGAGCUGCGGUGCCAGUGCAUCGCCACUCACUCCAAGUUCAUCCCUCCCAAAUCCAUUCAGGACGUGAAGCUGACGCAGAGCGGCCCGCACUGCAAGAACGUUGAAGUCAUAGCUACCCUGAAGGACGGCAGAGAGGUGUGCCUGGAGCCCACUGCUCCCUGGGUACAGCUGAUCAUCAAGGCAAUCUUGGCCAAGGCUCAACUCAACUCUGACUCGCCACUCUAA